UAUCAAAAAUUCUAAAACUUAAGUUGUUCUCUCUCUAAAAAGAAACCCCUUUUUCUCUCUCUUAUAAAUAGAAAAAAAUCAAAAAGGAGCGAAAAAAAUGGGUUUGUCAAAUUUUCCAAGUCCAUCAGAAGGUGUAUUACCAGUGUUAGUGAUGAACACAGUAAUGUCAGUAUCAAUUUUGAAGAACUUAUUAGGGUCAUUUCUUCAAAUGAUGAGAGGCUUGAAUUGGGUUUCUAGUAAUAAUUUAGAGGAAAAUCCAACACAAAAUGAAUUAAACCCACCAAACAGUCCCUAUAGAAUAAGGAGAGUAAAGGGUAUUUCAAUUACCCAAUUCAAGUAUUUGUGUACUAAUACCUGCAACAAGAAGGAAAGUUCCAAUGGAAAAAGAAGAAUAAUAGUUGAGUGUUGUGUUUGUUUGUGUAAAUUUGAGGAUGAAGAAGAGGUUAGUGAAUUGUCUUGUAAGCAUUUCUUUCAUAAGAAUUGCUUAGAUAAGUGGUUUAAUCAUCAUAGUACUUGUCCUCUUUGUAGAUCUAUUUGCCGAAAAAGAUAAAGAUUAAGUGGUGUUUGGCAAAAUAACUUAUUGAGCAAUUUCAGUUUAUUCUGAUACUAAUACAGGUUUAAGUGGUCAAAAUAGAAAAUAUUAAUGUUUAGUAAACUAGCCGGUUGAAAUAGGUAUUUUUAAU